CGAGGGGGCGUGACCGGCGGCCGGAGGGGCCCAGUGCGCCUGCGCGGAGCCCAGCUGCCCGCUCCCGGCCCAGCGGACCGACCGGCCAGGGCCCCCGGCGCUGCGGCCACGGCAGCCAUGGAGGAGCUGGUCACUGAGCUGCGCAUCUUCCUGGAGCUGCUGGACCAAGAGCAGCUGACGCCCUCGGUGCGGGAGAGGAAGGCGGCGCUGGCCGACAUCCUGCUGCGCAUCCAGGCCUCCAGAGGUGCGGAGCCCAAGGACCGCGUGCAGAAGCCAGAGCCCCCCGGCGGCCUGCCCGCACCCCCCCAGAUGCCUCUGCCCGAGAUCCCGCAGCCCUGGCUGCCCCCCGACAGCGGGCCCCCGCCGCUGCCCACGUCCUCGCUCCCGGAGGGCUACUACGAGGAGGCCGUGCCGCUGAGCCCCGGGAAGGCGCCCGAGUACAUCACGUCCAAUUACGACUCCGACGCCAUGAGCAGCUCCUACGAGUCCUACGACGACGACGAGGAGGAGGAGAAGGGGAAGAAGGCCCGGCACCAGUGGCCCUCGGAGGAGGCGGCCAUGGAGCUGGUCAGGGACGCCCGGAUCUGCGCCUUCCUGCUGAGGAAGAAGCGUUUCGGCCAGUGGACCAAGCUGCUGUGCGUGGUCAAGGACACCAAGCUGCUGUGCUACAAGAGCUCCAAGGACCAGCAGCCGCAGAUGGAGCUGCCCCUGCCGGGCUGCGGCGUCACCUACGUGCCCAAGGACGGCAAGAAGAAGAAGCACGAGCUGAAGGUGGCGCCGCCGGGCGCGGACCCCCUGGUGCUGGCCGUGCAGAGCCGCGAGCAGGCCGAGCAGUGGCUCAAGGUCAUCAGGGAGGUGUGCAGCAGCCCCCCGGACCCCGAGUGCCCCCCGCCCUCCAGCCCCCCGGUGCACAAGACGGAACUGGAGAAGAAGCUGUCCUCCGAGAGACCCAGCUCUGACGGGGAGGGCGCCCCGGAGAACGGACUGACCGCCUGCAACGGGAAGGGGCAAGUGAAGAGGAAGAAGAACCCCAAGGCGGACCCCAAGGCGGCAGCGGCCAAGGCCCCGGGCAGGAAGAUCACGCAGAUCAUGGGGCUCAGCAAGAAGAAGCCGUCGGAGGAGCAGACGUCGUCGGCCGAGGAGGACGUGCCCACCUGUGGCUACCUCAACGUGCUGACCAGUAGCCGCUGGCGUGAGCGCUGGUGCCGCGUGCGUGACCACAAGCUGCUGCUGCACAGGGAGCGCGCAGACCCCCGGACACACGUGGUGUCCAUCCCUCUGCGCGGCUGCGAGGUCGCCCCCGGGCUGGACGCCCGCCACCCCCUCACCUUCCGCCUGCUGCGCCAUGGCCAGGAGGUGGCCGUGCUGGAGGCCACCUCCUCUGAGGACAUGGGCCGCUGGAUCGGGAUCCUGCUGGCAGAGACGGGCUCGAGCACUGACCCCGCGGCCCUGCACUACGAUUACAUUGACGUCGAGCUGUCGGCCAGCAUCAUCCAGACCGCCAAGCAGACCUUCUGCUUCAUGAACAGACGCGGCACGUGCUCCAGCCCCUACCUGGGAGGCGCCCCCAACGGCUACGCGCACCCCAGCAGCGCAGCCCUGCACUACGACGACGUCCCCUGCGUCAACGGCUCCUGGGACACGGCCGCCCAGCGCCCCGGGAGCGGGGGCCGGGGGGAGGAGGUGCCCCGUGCCGCCGAGGGGCUUUACGAUAACUUGCCACCGCCGCAAAUCUUUGCCCGCGUCCCGCCCCGCGCCUCCCAGCCGCCCACUAACACCUCCCAGCUGAAGGGGAAGAAGACCCCGGUGGCCACCAACGGGCCCCCCAGCAAAGCCCCAGGCGCACAGCAGACACGGACGGAGACCCCCACAGGCAGCAUGAGGCGCACGGCCUCCAACGCCGAGCAGUCCAAGUACGGCAAGAACCGGGUGGAGGCGGACGCCCGGCGGCUGCAGGGCCUCGAGCAGGAACUGGGGCGGCGGAAGGAGGCGCUGCGGGCACGGCUGGCGCAGCUGCGGAAGGAACGGCAGGAACUGCGGGCGGCCCUGGAGCUGAGCGCGGGCAGGAGGCCCGCGGGGCUGGAGGAGCAGUGGCGGCGGCUGGAAGAGGAAUGUCGGCAGCGGGAAGCUGAGCGUGUGAGCCUGGAGCUGGAGCUGACGGGCGUGCGGGAGAGCCUACGCCAGGCGCUGGCAGGGGGCAUCACCCUGGGGCUGGCCAUCGAGCCACGGCCAGGUGCCUGCAGCCCACAGUCCCCCCUCAGCCGGCACCGCACCCUGGAGAACUCGCCACUGUCCAGCUGUGAGACCAGCGAUGCGGAGGCCCCCCUGCCCGUCAACAGUGCGGCCACCCUCGGCCGGGGCCCCCCCGCGCCCACCAGCUCCCCCUGCCGGGGCCACGUACUGCGCAAAGCCAAGGAAUGGGAACUGAAGAGCACCAGCUAAGGCGGGCGGCGGCCCACAGGCUCCCACAGGACACAGUGACCCAGCUGCAGACCUUGGAGCCCAGACCAGGGCCGAGUGAGCAGAGGCACACCGACCCACACUGUGCUGGGGCCCGGCUGUGUGCCGUGCCCUCCCCAGCCCUGCAGCUGGGACACCCCCUCCUCCCGCACCCCUCAGCCCCCCCCCCAGGCCAGGCCUGAGAAGCUGAGCUCAACAGGAAGGCCGGAUUCUAGAAGCUUCUGUCAGCAGCUUCCUGGGGGACCCCCCCCCACUGUGUGUCCUGGCCUGUCCCCGCCUGGUCACCCCCCUGCAGAGGCUGUGGGAGCCUCCUUCCCCCCCACCCCCGGGCUCGCAGAUCGUGGGGGGUCCUGGGGCUGUUUCCCGAGUCACAGACCAGCAGCGCCCCCCAACUCCAGGGGCCACCCAGGCCUUCGGGCGGGGACCACCCCAAGUCCAGUCCCGUGAGGCCACGGCAUGGCCCCUUGGAGUUGCGGGGGGCUUGGGUCUCUCACCAGCCCAUCUUGAGGGGACGCUCCCAACCCCCCUUCUGCGUGGCCAUGGCCAUCAAGGGGACGCACCCCGGGGUCCGACAGCCCCUGCCCUCCUGCGUUAUUUAUUUGUAUAUGUCCAGAGAUUAAUUAAUUUAUAUCUGUACAGACAGCCCCCACCCCACCCUCCGCCCGGGACCUGUGUCCCCUCUGUCCCCAGGCCUGGCUCCCCAGGGAGGAGAGAGAGAAGCCCCCCACGUUCUCAGCUCACAGCCUGGAUGUCGCCCUUGCCGUGACCACUGCAUUCCAGGCGGGGUUACAGGGUCUUGGUGUCCCCCUCGUGCUGUGAUGGCAGCUGAGCCAGGAGGGGCCUCCCAGGCAGCAGGGACAGACCCAGGGGCCAGUCUGUGGCCAGAGUCUUGCUGGAUCUUUGGGGAAAACUCUUCCGGAAGGGCGCCCCCCAGGGUGACUGUCCCCCAGCCUCCAGGCCGCUCACCUGGCACCGUCUGUCCCCAAGGCCCAGGCUGCCCACAGCCCCGUCAAUUUGCCACCUUUUGAAAAGUGGUGUUUUUUUUGGGGGGGGGCAGAUAGUCUGAGCCCCCCAGUCCUGUCUGGACGCUGUGUGGAUUCCCAGGGGAUGUGGUGACCGGGGCCGAGGCUUGCAACGGUCCGUCCACUCCCACAAGAGGCCAGCACUGCCUUUGCCGGCAGACCCCCCCCCCAGCCGCGUGACAGGGCCCACCCACAGCGGGGAAAUUGGGGGCCCUCCUGGAUCUCCACAUCAGCCUCCCCCAGGGGCCAUGCCGCACCCCGCCACCCGCAGGCCUGCCUCAGUUUACCCAAAGGCUCCCAUCCCGCUCGGGUCAGACGAAGAGCCUGCGAGAUCACAGCAAGUGUCACAGCUCAGCCACAGGGCGUGAGGCCGCCCACCCCGCACCGCGGCCCCAGGCACCCGCCCCCUUGGAGAAAGACCCCCCCACACACACCCAGGAGGCUGGGCCCACCCUGGGAAGAUGCGUCAGAACCCCCCCAGCCCCCCAAGAACCCCUCCAACCUCCCCUUGCCGUCAUCUGCCUUCACUGCGGGACCCUCGACCAGAAUCCUUAGGGACCAAAGGUGUCGCCUGUUUUUUAACACAGAAACUAUUUGUACUCGGUUUUCUAUCGGGAGUGGGACCCCAAGUCCACGCCCCCCUGCCCCCGUCUCCCCACCCAGAGUGUGAUCACCUGACUUCUUCGUAAAAGGAGACAGAAACAGCUCUUGGAGUGAGAAGCCACGGCCCUGUCACACUGUCCCCCCCCCCACCCCGGCCUUGAGCUCAGUGACAAAAGCACCAGCUCCCCGGCCUCCAGCUGGCCGGGACCUGGCCGGGACCCUCCCCAGCCUCCAGCUCCCCGUACCUGGCCGGGACCCUCCCCAGCCUCCAGCUCCCCGUACCUGGCCGGGACCCUCCCCAGCCUCCAGCUCCCCGUACCUGGCCGGGACCCUCCCCAGCCUCCAGCUCCCCGUACCUGGCCGGGACCCUCCCCAGCCUCCAGCUCCCCGUACCUGGCCGGGCCCUCCCCAGCCUCCAGCUCCCCGUACCUGGCCGGGACCCUCCCCAGCCUCCAGCUCCCUGUACCUGGCCGGGACCCUCCCCAGCCUCCAGCUCCCUGUACCUGGCUGGGACCCUCCCCAGCCUCCAGCUCCCUGUACCUGGCUGGGACCCUCCCCGACCUCCAGCUCCCCAUACCUGGCCGGGACCCUCCCCAGCCUCCAGCUCCCUGUACCUGGCUGGGACCCUCCCCAGCCUCCAGCUCCCUGUACCUGGCUGGGACCCUCCCCGACCUCCAGCUCCCCGUACCUCGCCGGGACCCUCCCCAGCCUCCAGCUCCUUGUACCUGGCUGGGACCCUCCCCGGCCUCCCUCCUGCUGACGGGCGUCCGUGGCGCGACCCGAGUGUCACCCUAAUAAAGUCGUCCCCUGCC